AUGAACCAAAGCCAGUUGAAACAACUUCCACCAUCUCACUACCAACCAAUGCUCAAAGAAUCAAUCAACCGUUUCCUAGCUGAAUACAGAAAAGGCGCUACCAAUUUCAGCGACUUCACAUCAAUCUUUUCCCGCACGCUUCUUACUACACCGGACCCUCCGAUUCCAGUUGUGUGGUUCUAUACAGCUCUCGAAUUUCAUAAAUAUAGGUUGGGAGUGGGGAAAGAAUGUUCUGGAGCUUCGGUGGAUACAGUUAAGAGUUUGUUUCAGUUGCUGGUUUCGUGUUGCGAUGGAUGUGUGUCGAUGAAGAGGAUUGGUGUUCUCGCGCCUUUGGUUUUUCAGCUUUGGCGUUUGGGGGUUUUUGAGAAAGAAGUGAAGAGUGAAUUUGAGGGUUUGGUGGAAGGGGUUGUUAGUUAUUGUAGCAUUUAUUGUUUGAAGAGUCAAGUUGAGGUUCAAGGGGGUGACGGGGGUGUGGUUUUGGAAGAGGGUUUUGUGGAUUUGUUACCGGUUUGGAUGAUUGGUUGUGAGGGUGGAUUUGGGGUUGGGGAUGGUUUGAAGGAGUUUUUCCCUUUUGUUAGUGAUCAGAUUCGAAAGGGGAUUGAGAUGGGUUGUCAGGUUGGUUAUUUGGCUGGGGUUGUUAUGUUUGAAGCUCUUUUGUUGAAAAUGUGUUUGAUUUUUGAUGCUGGGAUCACAAGAGGGGAGAAAGAGAAGAAGUUGCAGGCUUCUGCAGCUCAGAUCAUGACAGGGUUUCGCAAUUUUUACUUUUUGGAUACCCUUUUCAGGAUGAUGUUGGAGCCAGUUUUACCAGUGAUCUCCUUACUGGGUUCUGAAAAUGAAGUUCUUUAA